AUGCGGUGCACGAACAAAGCCGCUGAGAGUGCGUCUGCACGUUUCUGUGCGGACGCCGAAGCAGAAACCGCUGCAACUGACGUUUUAUCGGUUGCUGAAGCGACUCAGCCUGUGUCACUUGGUGAUGCAGGUGCUCGUCAUGAAGACACUCAUGUCUUCCCAGAGUAUGAGCUCGGUGUCUCAUACUCUCCUGAUACAGAAGACGGAUCUGUAUCGAAGGCGGCGCUCGAGGUCGCAAGACACUCGGGCGCUCACAGUGGUGUCGGUUCUCCUAUUGACACCACUUCGCAACAAGGUGCCAGUACUUCUGUCGGCACGUCGCAAGAAGAGCAGGAACUCAACGUGUUGCGUCUCGCUCCCGAAAAGAAGGCAUGGCUGCCCCCAUAA